AUGACCAUGGCAUACGACUACGAGUAUGAUGAUGAUGGCCUCUCGGACUGUGACUCGGAAAGCUCUGAUGUCUUCGACGAGGAAUCCGAAGAACGAGAUAAUGCUCGUCGUGCUCCCGACUGGCAGGGUCUUCGCUCUUUAUUAAAGCUCAGGGGCUGCUACCUCGACACUGCGGCCGACGUCAGGCAUUUCUACGAGAAGUACUGGCGGGAUAACCCGGGCUCUGAAAACAAGUCAUGUCGAGAAUACCAGCGCGCUUGUAGUUUGCCUCCAUCUGCGUUAUGCCGCGACCUUGGACUUCCUGACAACCUUGCUCGCGCACGACAUGCGCCGCACGGCACAAGGAUCAUGAUCAAGGCGGUCGGUCUUCGGAGCAGAGAAGCACAUAUUGUGCGCCGGCUGUCUUCUCCGUCCAUGCGUGACGACCCGCGCAACCACUGUAUUCCGGUCCUCGAUAUAAUCUCGGUACCCGACCAGCAUUUGACUCUGCUCGUCAUGGAAGAGUGGUCCUCAGAGCUCAUGCCGGAUACCCCGUGCUGUCUCCGGCUUUUUCUGCGCGCAUUACGGUCGUGUGUCUCGCACAUGGUCUUCUUGCACGAGCAUCGCAUUGCACACCUGGACAUCUCAUUGCGAAACCUUGUUACGGACUAUCAAGGGCAUUAUGCGUGUAUCGACUACGAAGCAAGCCGGUGCUUCGAGGGCAUGACUGAACCUCGUAUAUUGAUCGAGCGCGGCACGGAGCUUCCGCCUGAGAUGGAGCGGGGUGAGGGGGGUGAUCCCUUCGCCGCUGAUGUAUGGGCUAUGGGCAUUCUCUUCCUUCGCGCAUUGCAUAUGACUGGGAGGAAUGUACCUGAGCUGGUCCCUAUCAUCCGCGCUAUGCUCGCCGAUGCACCUCGUGAGCGGCCCAGAGCGCCGGCAGUGUUGCGGGCAUUCGAUGCGAUGUUACCCACCAUCAACUCUUCCCGGUUAGAUGGAUGUCCAUAUCCGACUCAACUUGCACAUAGUGUGAUGAGCACUUAG